UCCAAAAUCACAAUAACUCUCUUUUUCUAUCCUCGAUCAGUCUUCCAUUCCAUCUCUUGAAUAACAGUUAAUCCCACAGAACUCUGAUUAUCUCAACUCCCAAUUCAUCUUCUUCCUUCCAAAAUGAAGAACGUCAAACCUUCAGCCUUCUUGAAACAGAUCUUCUCCUUCCUAUCCACCAUUGUUAAAGCCAAAACCAUGGCAAUGAAGAACAAAACCAGUGCCAUCAAAACCAGGCUUCUUAUUUUCAAUCUUCUUCGCAAUAAAAAUGUUCUUUUGAGCAAAAUCAACCACAAGAUUCAUGCCAUUAUGGGAGAGAAUUACAGUAAGGCAAUUGUAUUAUACAACAAUGCAGCAAAGAAGAUAUCUGCGGACAUUAGUAAAAUGGAAGAUGUUGAACUCAAUGAAGAAGAUGACUAUCCAGAUCUUAGAAACACAUUCUUUGAGUUGGAAGACGAAGAAGAUGAAGAAGAUGAUGAGAUUGUUAAUAGAACAGGAUCUGUUAUAGAUCUGGUGAGGAACUCUAGAGAAGAUGGCAAUGGCUUUUGUCUUGAAGAUGAGAUAGAUCAUGUUGCUGAUGUGUUUAUAAGGAGGUUUCAUAGAGAGAUGAGGAUGCAGAAGCAAGAGUCUUUCAAGAGGUAUAGGGACAUGUUAGCAAGAGGUGUCUAGGAAGGAAGACAUUCUCAACUGAAUUCAUCAUCAUCAUCAGC